AUGCACCCUACUUCCCUUAUAAUAACUUCGAGCCUGAUCCUUAUCUUCACACUCCUAGCCUACCCCCUACUAACAACACUUUCGCCCAGCCCCCGAACCCUCGACUGAUCUGUUUCCCAAGUUAAAACAGCAGUGAAACUAGCAUUUUUUGUUAGCCUACUCCCCCUUUUCUUGUACCUAAACGAAGGACUAGAGACCAUCGUCACAAGCUGAAACUGAAUAAACACCCUCACAUUCGACGUUAAUAUCAGCCUUAAAUUCGACCAUUAUUCAAUUGUCUUCACCCCCAUCGCCCUUUAUGUCACAUGGUCCAUCCUAGAGUUUGCAUCCUGAUACAUGCACGCGGAUCCAUACAUGAACCGCUUCUUUAAAUACCUCCUAACAUUCCUUAUCGCCAUGAUUAUUCUAGUUACAGCUAACAACAUAUUCCAACUCUUUAUUGGUUGAGAAGGAGUUGGGAUUAUAUCAUUCCUCCUUAUCGGCUGAUGGUACGGCCGAGCAGACGCUAACACCGCAGCCCUACAAGCCGUCCUUUACAACCGAGUUGGAGACAUCGGGCUAAUCUUUGCUAUGGCAUGAAUAGCAACAAACCUAAACUCCUGAGAAAUGCAACAAGUAUUCGCAGCUGCCAAAGACUUUGACCUAACCUUCCCCCUCCUCGGACUAAUCAUCGCCGCAACAGGAAAGUCGGCUCAAUUUGGCCUUCACCCGUGACUUCCCUCUGCAAUGGAGGGUCCUACACCGGUCUCUGCCCUACUGCACUCCAGCACAAUAGUCGUCGCAGGUAUCUUCCUCUUAGUCCGAAUGAGCCCCCUUAUAGAAAAUAACCCUACUGCCUUAACCACCUGCCUAUGCCUGGGUGCCCUUACGACCUUAUUUACAGCCACCUGCGCUCUUACCCAAAAUGACAUCAAAAAAAUUGUUGCAUUCUCUAACAUGAGUCAACUAGGCUUAAUAAUGGUAACUAUUGGCCUCAACCAACCACAACUGGCUUUCCUUCACAUUUGUACCCACGCCUUCUUUAAGGCCAUGCUGUUCUUAUGUUCUGGCUCAAUCAUCCACAGUUUAAACGACGAGCAAGACAUCCGAAAAAUAGGAGGCAUGCACCACCUGGCCCCCUUCACCUCCUCCUGCCUUACUAUCGGGAGCCUAGCCCUCACCGGAACCCCCUUCCUAGCAGGAUUUUUCUCCAAAGAUGCUAUCAUUGAAGCCCUCAACACCUCUUAUCUAAACGCCUGAGCCCUAGCCCUAACCCUCCUAGCAACCUCUUUCACAGCUAUCUACAGCAUGCGGGUUGUCUUUUUCGUAGUGAUAGGCCACCCUCGAUUUAACUCACUUUCCCCUAUUAACGAGAACAACCCCGCAGUAAUUAACCCCAUCAAGCGACUAGCAUGAGGCAGCAUCAUUGCCGGCCUCCUAAUUACUUCCAACCUACUUCCUUUAAAAACCCCAAUUAUAACCAUGCCACCCCUCCUAAAAUUAGCCGCCCUAACAGUUACAAUUAUUGGCGCACUAACUGCCCUUGAACUAGCAUCCCUAACGAACAAACAAUUUAAACCUACCCCAACACUCACCGCCCACCAUUUCUCAAAUAUGCUAGGCUUCUUCCCGUCAAUCAUCCACCGCUUUACCCCGAAACUAAACCUUCUCCUAGGACAAGCAAUUGCCAGCCAAAUGGUUGACCAAACCUGACUAGAGAAAGUGGGCCCUAAGGCCAUUACCACUGCCAACCUUCCCCUGGUCUCAACAGCCAGCAACGUCCAACGGGGUAUAAUCAAAACCUACCUCUCUCUCUUCCUACUUACCCUCGUGCUAAUAGUCCUAUUAGUUGUUCACUAA